CUUUAUAAAGCGCUGGCAUUUUGUAUUUGGACCACAGUUAGAGAUGGCAGCGUUUCCUGGAUAUGGCGGACGCAUCCAGUGGGAUUUUGUGAAGAGGAAGUAUGUUUGGGUAAAUGAAAACGGGCCAAAUCAUCAUGACCGGAAGAAAGCCGAGCAGGAACAGGCGAAGAAAAAGAUAACACCUUAUGGAGAGGAUCAAGUGCAAGCUAUGCUGAAACGGAGGGCAAUGAACCUUCAACAAGGAAGACAGAAUCAAGCAAAACAUCCACCAGUCUUUCAAAUGCCUGGCAAGAAAGCUUGCAAGAAGCCAACCCCUACAAAACGGAAGAAGAGCAAGUCUCCAUCCCCUCCAAGAGGAUUCACUCCAGUCAAGCAGCCCCGAGUAGAGAACAUGGACUGGGAGUCAGUCCUGUCACCUUCAGCAGAGGACAGGGAAAACAGGUCUGUAGCUGCUAAUGUCAGGAAGUCAAAGGAUUCGGGAGUUGCUACAGAGGAGGAGGACGCCCUCUUGCAGUUGAGUGCAGGCCAUCCCACCAUGACUAAAGUCUUGUCCAGCAGGCUACUCUGGCUCCAAGCAGCUCUGACCUUCUGGAGACAGAGCCCAACUGCUCUGGUCUCUUACAUUUUGAGAAUAAACAAUGAAGCACUGAUAGCUGAUGUCAUUCCGAUCCUGAUCAAGAGCAUCAAGAAUGGAAAUGCCAUUGGGAAGCCGAUCUCAAUGGGCGCGUGUCUUGAGCUGCUGCCUGCUCUGCAGAAGAUGCUUACAAGCAAGUAUGAAGACUACAUCUCUGGAAGUCUGGACCUGAUACGCACCAUCCUGAAACACUGGUGGAAGGAUCUCAAGUCACUGCAGGCCUCCCAGCAAACUCUGAAGCUUGGACUCAGGAGUAGGAGUGUGAAUGGGGUGUACACAAGCAUAGUGGCUAUGACUGACUCCAUUCAGAAGAUAGCCACAAGGCCUGGCAAUAUUGGACAGAAGGCUCAGGUUGUUUUGCAGAUUCUCAAAGACCUGUGAUCAUUGAAGAACUGAAGACAGGACUGAGGUCUGGGGCAGUACAGAGACAGGAAGUCCUGACACACACACUGCUGCUGCUGUUUGAUAUUUUUGUGCCAAUUGAAUUUUGUUUUCCAUUUUAUUUAGAAAUUAGAUAAAUCGGCUCUAAGGCAGCUGUUUGUACAUAGUAUUUUAUCAUGAUGUGAUUUUGGGUGAACAAAUUUCUGGUUUGGAAUUUCUCACA